AUGAUAUGUCUCAGUACUUCAGUUAUCAGUACAUGUAACUUAAUUUUGAGUUGGCAACUCUUGAUUUGGGAAGUUAAGUUAUACUUCAGUUUUCAAUUUAUUCAAUUAAUAGGAGUUAUGGGUAGUGGUACUCCUAUUAAAUUUGGUCCGGAAUGGCUUCGUAACUUUGGAAGAUCCCAAUCAGGUGGUACUAAUAGACAAAAUAAUGAAGGGCUUGGCAUACUGCAACCCAACCAUGGUAAUCAAACUAACUCGCCUCGAAAUCCUGUCACUGGAGCAGCCUUACUGAAUCAAAAUAUAACAAAUGCAAGUGGAACACCUAACAUUGCCGGGGCAGCAUCUUCGGGUGCUAGACAAGCAAAUGCCCCUAGAAUAUUUUUGGCCAAUUUAAGGUAUGGCAGAGAAGAGAUGUUAGCACUUUACGAUAGAGGUGCAGUACCACCAGAACAACUCAAGUACUUUGAUGCACUUUAUCAGCCCCGAGGAAAACCACCAAGUGCUCUAAACAUAUUUGAAGAUGAACAAACCAUUACAACAGAAGGCGCUCGCGGUGGAUUAGCAGUUAUUCCAACAACAACACUUGGCGAGCGCAACAACAACGUGCGCGGACGCGUGGCGGCGGCAUCUCCAUCAGUAAAAAGACCACCAUUUUUAAGGUCACAAUCUGUAAACACCAGCAGGGGUUGGAAUAGGGCUAGAAUGUCAGGUCUUAACUCUGUUUCACCAGACGAUGAACCUCCAUCUUUAAGGCCUUGGAGCACUAGUAAUGGAGUUCCAAGUAGAACUACACAAACGGAACAACCUGAAGCACCAACAAAUAAAUUGUUCAGAAACAGACGGCCCGUUAGUAAUACCAACUGGCGUCAAUCAGGCAGAGAAGAAGGUGAUGAGUGGCGCAUGCAAGAAGGAAAUGAUAGAAGAUCAGCAAACCUCGAACGUGAAUGGCCUGAAAGGCCUACACAAGAUCGACAGCAGUCAUGGGGAGGUCGACGUUGGGCAGAUAAUGUAAUGACAGACGAUAUACCUGAAUGGGCUAACGACAGCGCUGAAGCGGGGGCAGGUACUUUUGAUGCUUCUGGAGCAUUCCAUGGCUACAGCAACGACGACUCAAAUUUACCACCGCGUCAGCAGGAAGCAUUCCCUUUAACUCGUUCUAAGACCGCCGAGGAGGGAUCGGAAGAGUGGUGGGCGUCUGAAAAAGCUAAAAAGUUAUCCCCAAAACGAUUACUUUCCAGUGGCUUUACUAAAAUGGAGAAGCCACAAAAUUCCGAGGUCAGUGAAGCACCCGCUGCUCGAAAAGCCGUUACAUUUUCAAAUAUUCAUGAAAAUACUGAAAAAACAGAGACAAAGCCCAAUGUUGAAGCUAAAAGUAGAACCAAUCCUGAUACAAAGAAUCCAUUUAGUGAAAGUAAAACAUUUGACGCCCUUCUGCGUUCAGAUAUUGACAUGUCAAAAGCGAAUGAUGAUUGUAGCAAUUUCAAGUCCGUAAUGAUUGCUUCAAACAACUCACUGAGGCAGAAACAUCAGAAUAUAGUAGCAUCGACAUCCGAUGUUAAUCAAGAAACACAGCGACACUCCACUGUGUUCCAGCGGAUCCCAGAAGCUUGUGAACUGAAAAAUGAAAAUAAUACCGAUAAUGCUACUAUACAAUCCGCUGAAGAAAAAAUUGUUGAAGAGAUAUUUGAAAUGUCAUUGGAUGAUAUCUCUAGUAUGCCUCAUGGACCCUCAGUUGGGAUGUGUGUUCCCUUACCCACAGUUAAUCCACCGAUCCAGCUUGGGAUUCCGAUGCCAGGGAUGCAGAAACAUGGCAUUCCCCUGAACGUCACUUUACCUAAUCACAUGCCAAGUAACAUUCAAAAUAUUGGAUUACAGAACUCUGCUCUAAAUUCAUCUCUAGGCUUGCCAAUGACACCUACUAACCCUGUUAUGAUGCCAUCGCAAGGAGUGCUACCCCAGGCUAUGCCAAAUACUGGUAUUAACUCAGUUCUAAAUGUUGCUUUACAUCAACAUAUGAAAGUGAUGGGAGCAUAUCAACGGAAUGUGACCAUGCUUCCACCUUCAAAUGUUCCCGAUUCAUCGUUAUUCAUGGGACAAAAUAAUAACUCGCAGAUACCAUUACCUAAUGGCCACCCACAGGCGCCUGACAUGCAAAAUAAUAUGUUCCCUAUGCCUGGAAUCCAACAUUCAGCACCACAACAACAGCCGUUUGGUUCUGUUUUUAGAGGUGUACCACCAACCCAGCCGGCACCAAAUAGAACUAGUUUGGCUGAUUUAUGGUACUAUGAAGAUCCAGAGAAACAAAUACAAGGACCAUUCACAUCAAAGGAAAUGUGGAGUUGGUAUAAGGCGGGCUUCUUCAGACCAAGCCUUAUGGUACGCAGAGCUUGUGAAACCAUGAUGAAUUCCCUCGCGUCCUACGGGCCGAUAGUGCCGUUUGUACAAUUGGACGUCUUUCGAUUAUCGAAUUACGAGAACCGACCACAGCCGGAAGCUGCGAGCCAUCAAAAUACCCUUGGAAUUGGUGAUUCCCUUUGGAGCCAACCACCAGCAUCUCAAGAUGUAAUGUGGAUGCAAACACCCAUGAACCGCUCAGAAUCCAGAGUGAAUAAUCUACCAAUGUAUUUCUGGGACUCGCAGCCAUCAACACUUCCAUCAACCAACAUGCUCCCCGAGGACAUCUUGAGGGAAAUGAAAACUGAAGAAGAGAUUUUGGCACAAAUACGUGGUCACCAGAACGUCCCAGUAUCGCGGAUGCCCUUUCCUAAAGACACCGUGAAUUCUACUACAACAACUAAUGCUAGUGAAGAUGUACUUAAGAGAGCGUCUAACGAUCUAUCGACGCUCGAGAAGACUUUGCAACAGGAUUCGACUAGAAAACAGCCUUCGCCUGUGGUAGAAGUUGCUACUGAGAAGAAACAAGCUGAGGAGGCACCCACUAAGCCACCGGUACCACUUGAACCAGAACAAUCUGAGGCAAACACUCUGAAAGUGCCUCAACCAGUAGUAGCCAAAAUACAACCAGAAAUGAAGGAGCCAAAGUUGCAAAAGCCUAAAAGUGAUACAUCAGUGAAAAACAAUGGUAACGGGACAAAAACUAAGACUAAAAAGGCCAAGGAAGAAAAGAAAGAUGAAGCAAUAGCCGUGGAAGAGGAACCUAUUAAACCAACAGAAAAGCGGUCAGUAGAGUCAUCGCCAUCAAAAGCGCAGAAAGAUGUCAAACCAGCAAGCCGGAAGGAAAUUGAGAAAGAGAAGAAGGAGUUGAUAAAGGAUGGCUUUACGAUUGUGAAGGGAAUAGAAAAAAAUAACAACAAAGAGAACAAAAAGAAGGCAGAGGAGGCCAAAGCCGCUGAAGAUGCUGAACGUAAAAGAAAAGAGGAAGAAAAGUUGGCUGCUGAGGACGAUAGGAAGAGAACGUUGGCUGCAAUUAUAAAGAAACAACAGGAUCAGCUUCAACAAAAGCAAGCGGCUGAAUCCGUCGCCAAGAAGGCACCAUGGUCUACUGUCGCCAACCAAACAGUUGCGACUAGCAAGGAAGGCUUAUCGCUGGCUGAGAUCCAAAAGCUCGAGCGUGAAAAGAAACUGGAACAAAUAAAAGAACAACAACACAUGAUGAACAUAAUUGCUCAGCAACAAGCCGCCGCCGUGGCCAGGGAGCAGGAAAUGCAAGCUGGUCUUGGUUGGGCUAAAAAGAGAAACAGCAAUAACAUUGCUACGAGCCAACCUAUCGAUGAGAAUCAGACAAAAAGGCAGAUUGCAGCUGCUGUGAUGGCCGUAACCGGAUCUGCUUUAGAGAAAGCGCAAUCUGUCCCUGUCAUCUCUAACCACGCCCCCAGUCUGCCAUGGGGAAAUAACUCUAAUGGAGGCUUUUGGGACUGUCCGAACCAACUCACCAAGUCGGAGCCCGUGAAAAUGGACUCCAAGCCUGUUGAUUUCAACAAGAACAAAAUCAAAGCCCAUCCACAACCGGCAUUAACAAACAAGAAAGAAACUUCCCCAGCCAUGGAGUUUGAAACUUGGUGUGCACAAGCUCUGGGCACAUGGAGCUCAAAGAUUGAUGUGCCUACUUUUGUGGGAUUCCUCAAGGAUAUCGAAUCGCCAUAUGAAGUGAAGGACUAUGUCAAGUACUACCUUGGAGAGUCGAAGGAUUCCAGUGACUUUUCUAGACAAUUCCUUGAGCGAAGGUCUAAACUCCUUCGUGUUGGCACUGUAACUCCAUCGGAUGACUUGUGCUCACCUGCCAUGGCUAUAAACCCAAGAACCACGUCACUUUCCGAUUAUCAAGAGGUAAAGGGCAAAGGCAAGAAAGCGAAGAAGAACAAGAUGAUGAAGGUGGAUGCUCGCAUCCUGGGUUUCUCUGUAACGGCGGCGGAAGACCGCAUCAACGUUGGCGACAUCGACACGGCCUGA